AUGACUGCUAGUGCUCAAUAUAAUUAUAAUAGAAGAAAUUCAAGUACUACUUCGACUCCAUAUACCAUACCUACAAAACAUCACCAUCAUCAUCAUCCACAUAGUAAUAAUAAUCAUCAUCAUCACCCACACCAUCAUCGUCAUAUAAAUCAACAACCACAAAACCAGGGACUAGUACAACCACAGACAAUAACUUAUAAUUACCAACAACAUGAUCAACAACAUCCACAGUCACCUCCAUUAUCUGCUUCUGUACCGACCUUAUCUCGAGAAUUUGUAGUUCGAAGAAUAUCAGAAGGUGAAACAGGAAGAUUAAAAGAAGAAUUAAGAUGUGAAGCAUGCGGCAAAGGAUAUAAACAUAUUUCAUCAUUAGCUAAACAUUUAUGGGAACAUACACCAGAAUGGAACGUAACUAAAAAAUUACUAAUUCUGAAACAUCAACAAGUACAAUUAUUAGAAGCAGCAAGUAUAUUGGUUGGAAUGAAUGAGAAUCAAACACACUCCCCAUCAAAUCCAAAUUUUCACAGACGUACACAAUCAGAACAACAUAAUUCUGCUCCUCCAGUUUUUUCAAAUUCAAAUACUCCUACCCCACCUAAAGAAAAUGAUGAAUUAUUUAAAGAUGAAAAUGAUGAAGAACAUUCAGAUGUUGAUUCAGCUACAAGUUCAAGUUCUGGAUCUAAUAUUAAAUUGAAGUUAGAUAGGUCAUUAUCAGUUUCUCAACAUCCACCAAAUCAUGAAUUAGAACAUCCAAUGUCUCCAACUAUGAAUAUGAAUGGGUUUAAAAGAAAUUCAAUUGGGAAUAUAAUAGAUACUAGUUUAAAAUCACCAAUGGGUUCAACUACAAAUACAGAAUCAAAUUUGAAUACUCCAAUAAGUGCACAUUUUAAAACACCAACAAAUGGAAAAGAUAAUUUAUUUGAAGAUGGAGUAAUUGAAAAAAUGGAAGAUUGA